UUAUGUGAAUUAAUAGAUUCAUUUGAAAAUUCAGUCUGGUAUUCAUAUAGAAAUUGGUUAACAAAGUAGACUCGAGCUUUAAUUUUCUUAAAACUUUGUUUGUUUGUUAUAUCUAAGCACAUUUUUUGCAAAUUGGAUAAAUCUAUAUUAGCAAAUAAUCAUUUUGAACUUUAUUAUUACUCUACAACGUUUACAUUGUACCGUUCCGGUACUACCAAUUAUUAACGUAAAAGAGUUAAUGAAGUACGGCAUUUGUUAUAUAAAUACAUUCAUGCUUUGCAAUUCUCAAGUAGUGUUGAAUCACCUGCUUACUGUUCUUGCCUUCCUCUCUUUCUAGUAAACAAACCUGGUUGUCAAGACGUUCAAAUAAUACAGUAUGCUCUAAGACUAACCUCAAACCUUGAUAAAACCUAAUUUGAUUCAAUGUUUUGAUGCUGAAUGGAUCCAAUAGCAUCUAGUAUUGAGUUGAUUCCAACGGUGGCCAACGAUGGGGUGCCAGUGUUGGAACCACACAUGUUUCUCGGACUGAAUCCAACGAUAAAGGGAAACGCCACCUAUCUCACCGACCACAACAUCAUCUACCCAGCCGGGGGUGUACUUGUCAUUCAUGACUACGUGCAGCAAGAGCAAAAGUACAUUAAAUUACCGGACGCCAGUAAAGUUAUUAGCCGAAUCGUUAUAAGUCCUAAUAAGAAAUUAGUGGCAGUGGCCGAGGAAGGUGACAAACCAUGCAUCAUUCUGUUCGACUUGUUGACGCUGAAGAAGAAGAAGGUAUUGGGCCUGCCGUACGAGUCAUCCGUGCGUCAGUUUGCGUCAGUCUGCUUCACGCACGACAGCAAGUAUGUGUUGGCCGUGACAGGCGAUCCCGACUGGAUGAUGCUGCAGUACAACUGGGUCAAGGGCAAAGUGGAGACCUCUGUCAAAGCCAACAACCCGCCCGCCAGUCCUGGCCCUGUUAUGCAGGUGGCGGCGAACCCGUUGGACAGCUGUGUGGUGUGCGUUGUGGGGCCGGGCCUGUUCCGACUGCUGGCCUCGUCCGAGAUGGCGUGGCGCCAGUGGGGCUUCCAAAAGGCCGAGAAUCUGCCCUGCUGCAGCUGCUGCUGGCUGGCCGGUGACGUCACGCUGGUCGGCACCCGCGACGGCCGCCUCGUCGUGGUCGAGGGCGGUGAUCUGCGCGCACUCUACAGGGCCGGCGAUGCGCCACACGUCAACAUCAAAGAGGACAGAGCUGCAAGAGGAGGUCAAGGAAUCAUCGGCAUAAAUCUUCUGCAAGAAGGAUUCAAAGCUGAAGACAAUGGCGAGAAUGAAGUCAGAUGCCUUGUGUCAUUCUCCAAGGGGUUUGCCUACUCAUGCUAUUCCGGAACUGUAUUCCUCUAUGAGAAAGAAACGGCCAUCAGGUAUAGGAAGGUGAAUGUGUUCAAAAUAGUGGCAGGAGAUGUAGGAGAUGGAUCAACCAAGAAUAUGAACAAAAUUCAAAAUAUUUCAGUCAGUCCGUCUCAGGAAGCUUUACUCUGUACAACAAAAAGGAUGCAGAUUUACUAUGUGAAACUUUGGGGAAAAGACAUAUCACAGGGCACUGAAGUGAAUUUCAAAAUGAUUGGAGUUAGCCUUCAUCACGGUCCCGUGGCAGGGCUGGCUCUCUGUUCCUGGAAGCAAAUCAUGAUGACGUGUGGCGAGCUAGAUCACAUUGUUAGAAUAUGGGACUACACCAAUACAACUGUGAUUAUGGAGAAGAAAUAUGCGGAAAGCAUCUAUACUCUAGCUCUUCAUCCUACAGGUCUUUACGCUGUGAUGGGAUUUAAGGAUAGACUUGAGUACAAGCUGGUUCUAAUUGAUGAUUUGAAGAGCAUUCGGACAUUCCCCAUUCGAACGUGCAACGAGGCUCGAUUCAGCAAGAGUGGCCAUAUGUUUGCUGCUGUCAAUAUGUUCGAUAUACAAAUUUAUUCCACAAUAACAUUUCAUCUUGUAUUCACAUUCAAGGGGCACACUGGAAAGAUAAACUCUCUUCUGUGGACCCAAAACGAUCUCGCCCUUCUGUCUUGCGGCGAGGAUGGUUCUUUUUGUGAAUGGGAUUUGUUUGAAGGCAAAAAUGUUGUUCAUAUUAAUACUGACAAUUGUCAGAAUGACCUCGCAGCUGCCACUAGCAAAACCGCAUAUUGUGCCUCUAAAAAUGGAGUUCUCAGAGAAAUUCAAUACGGUCAGAUUUCAAAAGAAAUCGAUUUGAAGCAAACACAACUGGAUAAAGUAGUUCUAUCUCGCUCCGAUUUGAUGAUGUUUGUGGCUGGCGAUGACGGCUCGAUUCAUUCCUUGAAAUUUCCCUGGAAUGAAGAGCCGCAAUUCCUGACGUUCACUAUGCACAACCACCGCAUUGUCAAGAUGAAACUGUCGUACGAUGACCAGACGCUGAUCAGCUGCAGUGAAGACGGAACCAUGUGCAUUUGGAAGGUGACCAGGGCCGAGGGCAAGCAAAUAGCCAUGGACCCGCAGUUCACCUACUCGAACGAAAUCCUCAUCGGCAAGAACGAACUGCGAGCCAAGAUCAACACAAUCGGCGAGUUGUCAGUUCGCAUCAAAGAGCUCGACCAAGAGCAGGUGUUGCGCACUAGAGACAUGGAAACUGCGCACAAGGAGAAGGUUGAAGAGCUCCGCUCUGGAUAUUGCACCGCUAUAGAGGAGUUGAAGGAGAAAAAUCAGGAGCUGGAAAUGACUCAUACAGUAGAAAUAGAUAAGAUAAAUACUCAAAUUGAUGAAACAAAAGUUGAUCAUGACCUGGAAAUGACACGCUUGGAGAAAAAUUAUGAAGGAAAGUUGGUUGUUGAGUUUCAAAAGUAUACUGAGCUUCAAGAAAAAUUUGAGAUAUGGAGAGCCGAAUUUGACAAGAAGUAUGAGGAAUUGAAAGAGGUCAAGCAGUUGGAAAUUGAAGAAAUGAUUGCCAACUAUGAGCUGAAAGUGAAGGAGGAAGAGGCUAAACUUGAUCAGCUACAUGCAGAUUUGAAACAGAGGAAUGAGAAGCACGAAGAAAAUAAAAACCUAAUUGAAGAUGAUACCGAUAAAGAGCUGGUGGAGUUGAGGACUGUCAACGAGGCUCAACUGCAAACUGAGAGAGAGGCCAAUAUCAAACUGCGAGCAGACACUCAUAUGAUGAAGAAUAGAUUUGUCUUGGCCCAGAGAGAAAUCGAAGACCUGAAUAUCAAAGUCGUCUCCUUGCAAAAAGAACAGAAGCAACUGAAACUAGUGAUAAAAGGCAUCGAAAAAGAUAUCAACGAUUUGAAUAAGGAGAACACAGAGCGUGAUAACUUGAUUCAUGAGAAAGAGAGGGGCAUCAACGAACUGAGAAUGAAACAUCAGGAACUGGAAAAAUUCAAAAGUAUAUUAGAUUGCAAAAUGGAAGAUACUAGAGAACAAUUGAAGCCGAAGGAGAAUGAAAUUAAGAAGAAGGGUGAACAAUUAACUGAGAUGAAUGCUGAGAAAGAUCGAAUAUUAAUUAAGAAAGCGGAAUUAGAGUUCGAGAACCGCCGUCUUCUGGAUAAGUUGCGAGGUUCAAAAGCAGCUCUGGCAAUGGAAAUCAAGAAGAAUAACGCUGAUAAAUCGGAGUUGACUCAGAUUCUCAAAGGAGUUCUGAGUGCCCAUGAUGUCAUCGACCAGCCCCACCGUUUGAAGGAAGCCGUCAUGAAACUGUGUUAUCGUACAAAAAGUCCAUCAGAGGGGAUAGUCGACAAGACGGGGGAUCACGAGUCGGGCAGUGAUCUCGUCAAAAAGAUAGAGCACUUUGAAAAGUGUCUAGACACCUACACUCACCUACAGGAAAAAAUGAGUAAAUCUUCUAGUAAGAAAAAUGAUAAACUGAAAUCAAACAACACAUGGUUGGUUAUGGAGAGAAAUAGACUGAGACAAGAAUUGGAGAUGAUGCAGAACCAUGUGAAAGACCUGAAGUGUGUGGUUGGACCGAACGCAGCGCGCAUGAUGCCCAGUGAGGCUAGGAAAAGGCUUCAGGUCGCUUUGAAAACACGAGACGAGAUUAAAAAUAUCUACAAGGGAAAAGUUCAGGGCUACAUAGAAAAAAUCAACGCUUUACAAACAAAACUGGAUAACUUGCACAAAAAGUGUAGAGAGUCUGAACUACGUAAAGAGCUGGAUGAAACUUCUGCUUGAGGUGUGAGACUAGCCUGUUGAAACAUCAACAUAUAAUAUGAAAAGUCUGAGGAAUAUUUUUAAAAAGAUAGGAGGUAUCUAACAUCUUCAGAAUAAUAUUUUACGGUGGAAGACAUUUUGUACUUAUUUGAGAAACAAAACAUUAUAAUUUUUAGUUCAAAUUUUUAUUUUAAUUUGAAUUAUAAAAAUGUUGAUCAUUUUCUAUUUAUCUUCCUAUCCUCCAACACCUGAAGUAAUGCAAACAAAUUCAUCUUGAAAUGAAUCGAUUGAUAGAUAAAAAACCGUAUUUUAUUUUACCUUGGUCCACACAUGUAGCCUAGUUAUCUUAUUUAGAUUUUAUAUUUACUGUAUACUAUACAUGUGAAAAUAUAAGUUGAGACGCUUAAUUGAAUGAGAAAAUUGAACUAUUUGAUAGUUUCAAGACGUUUCCAUCACACCCAAAAUAAAAAUGAUUAUAUAUAAUACAAAAAUUCAAAAUCUGUAUUUUGUGAAACGGAUUACAGGGCCGUAUUUAUAAACGGUAUAAUCUUGCAUGGCCAAGCACACUCACGCUACCCUUACCUAUAUACCCAUAGCAGGAACUGUUAUUAAACAAGCUGCUAUAGUUGAAUUAAAAGAUCAGAGAAAAGUGAGUGAGCACCUCAUGAUACGCAUACGGUACCUAUAGUGAGGUCCACGUUAUAAUGACAGUAUUUGAUUAACUUUGAUGUUGCUAUGCUUGUCUAUCAUUCGACAAAGUAGGUAGUACUA